CGGAGCCACCGCCCCGCCAGGACUCCUGGAAGCGGGCGAGACAGCGAGCGAGGCAGCGAGCGGACUCCGGGGCGGGGAAAAUGGCAGACGGUUUUUCGCUUAAUGAUGCCUUGACUGGGUCUAGAAACCCCAACCCUCAAGGAUGGCCUGGCGCAUGGGGAAACCAGCCUGCUGGGCCAGGGGGCUACCCAGUGGCCUCCUAUCCUGGGGCCUACCCCGGGCAGGCACCUCCUGGGGCUUAUCCUGGGGCGCCACCUUCUGGCACCUACCCUGGCCCAGCACCUCCAGGGGCUGCCUACCCUGGCCCAGCACCUCCAGGGGCUGCCUACCCUGGCCCAGCACCUCCAGGGGCUGCCUACCCUGGCCCAACUGCACCUGGAGCCUACCAGAGCGGAGCUGGUGCCUAUCCUGCUGCUAGUCCCUACGGCGGCUUGGCUGAACCACUGACUCUGCCUUAUGACCUGCAUUUGCCAGGAGGAAUCAUGCCUCGCAUGAUGAUAACAAUUCUGGGUACAGUAAAGCCCAAUGCAAACAGAAUUGCUUUAGAUUUCAUGAGAGGGAAUGAUAUUGCCUUCCACUUUAACCCACGCUUCAAUGAGAACAACAGGAGAGUCAUUGUUUGCAAUACAAAGCAGGAUAAUGUCUGGGGAAGAGAAGAAAGACAGAAUGCUUUCCCAUUUGAAAGUGGUAAACCAUUCAGAAUACAAGUACUGGCUGAAGCUGACCACUUCAAGGUUGCAGUCAAUGAUGCCCAUUUGUUGCAGUACAAUCAUCGGAUGAGAAAUCUCGGAGAAAUCAGAAAACUGGCAAUUUCUGGUGAUAUAAUCCUCACCAGUGCUUCACAUGCUAUGAUAUAAUCUUAAAGCAUCAGAUACUUCUAAAAAAAAA